UCUCUCUCUCUCUCUCUCUCUCUCUCUCUCUCUGCUCCUCUCUCACAUGCACAAAAUCCUCUGUCAUGGCGUCUUCCAACAAUGUUACUCCCACCAACUGUAGCUGGUGGCCCAUAUCAGCCAUGGACGAAGAUGGCAAAAUCACAGACGGAGAGGAGAGUCACGAGCCCACGAUAGAACACAAGCCAUUCUCCAAAGACAGGCUUGUCCUGUAUCACUGGACUCAGUCCUUCACCUCUCAAAAGGUGCGUCUGGUGAUCAAUGAGAAAGGGUUGCUGUGUGAAGAACGGGAUGUCAGUCUGCCUCUCACUGAGCACAAGGAGCCUUGGUUUAUGAGGCUAAACCUAGGGGAAGAAGUGCCGGUUUUCAUCCACGGAGACACGAUUGUCAGUGACUACAACCAAAUCAUUGAUUAUAUAGAGACCAGCUUUAUCGGAGACACAGUAGCCCAGCUGAUUCCAGAUGAAGGAACUCCCAUGUAUGCAAGGGUACAUCAGUACCGAGAGCUUCUGGAUGGGCUGCCUAUGGACGAUUACACACAUGGAUGCAUCCUGCACCCUGAACUCACAACCGACUCCAUGAUCCCAAAGUACGCCACUGCUGAAAUACGUAGACAUCUGGCGAAUGCAGCAUCUGAACUGAUGAAGUUGGACCAUGAGGAACCCCAGCUGACAGAACCAUACCUCUCCAAGCAGAAAAAGCUCAUGGCGAAGAUCUUGGACCAUGACAAUGUGAACUACCUGAAAAAAAUUCUUGGCGAGUUGGCAAUGGUGCUAGACCAAGUAGAGGCAGAGCUGGAAAAAAGAAAGCUGAAAUAUCAAGGUCAAAAGUGUGAAUUAUGGCUUUGUGGACCUACUUUUACACUAGCUGAUAUUUGUCUUGGAGCCACAUUACACAGGCUAAAAUUCUUGGGACUCUCAAAGAAAUACUGGGAGGACGGGAGCCGUCCGAACCUGCAGUCGUUUUUUGAGCGGGUGCAGAAGCGCUACGCUUUCCGCAAGGUGUUGGGGGACGUCCACACAACCCUGCUCUCUGCAGUUCUACCCAAUGCAUUCCGAAUGGUAAAAAAGAAGCCGCCAUCCUUCUUUGGUGCAUCCUUCUUAAUGGGCUCUCUCGGGGGGAUGGGUUAUUUUGCCUAUUGGUUUUUAAAAAAGAAAUACAUGUAGUGAAUGUGCUCUUGUAGUGUUAUGUGUCUGUGCAUCUGUGUGACGUUCGAACUUUUCGGUAACACUGUUUUACGAGAGCAGGAAAAACAAGACAAUAUACAGAGAUUAACACUAUUACUUACUUGGGUGAAUAAUUCAAUAAAUAUAUAAUGAGAACAUUCCAAGACUAGGAAUUCUUCUUAACAGCACCUUCUCUGGUAAUGAAUGCCUUGGUAUUUUAUUAUUAUUAUUAUUAUUAAGAUUUACUGGUUAUUUAUUUUUAUUCAUUUUAGGCUUGCAUACAGCAUUACUAUGUUCUGUUGUUCUGUCCAGAUUAUAAUCACUGCACAUUCUGCCAUUUAGGACACCUGUAGUUAAGGUCAGUUAUAUGGUACAGCACAAAGGCCAAGCCAACUUAAAGCCCAAAAUAAUGU